GACGUCCUGCCUACUAUUGGCUUUGUAAUUCACUAAAUAUUUAUUGUCCAGUUCAGUGGGAGUAUGGCCGCCUCAAUCUGUAUUAUAGUGUGGUGUCAAAGCGCAAAAUUUUAAAGCUGAUAGAAGCCGGCAUUGUUAAUGACUGGGAUGAUCCGCGGUUAGUUACUUUGACGGCACUCCGUCGUCGUGGAUUUCCACCUCAAGCUAUUAAUAUGUUUUGUGAACGUAUUGGCGUUACUAUGGCUCAAACAAUCCUAGAUCCUUCUGCUUUAGAUGCUUGCGUACGGGACUAUCUGAAUGAUCAUGCACCACGUGUGAUGGCUGUUUUAGAGCCAAUAAUAGUCACUAUUACGAAUUGGUGUGAACUAUAUGGCAAUAAAUCUUCUGUCGAGCUUACAGUUGCGGAUUUUCCUGCCAUUCCAGACAGUAAAACCCAUAGUGUACUGUUGCAACAGGAGCUGUACAUAGAAAGUUCAGAUUUUCAAGAAGUUGCUGAGAAAGGAUAUCGUCGUUUAACCCCUAAUCAACCAGUUGGUCUUCGUUACGCGGGCCUUGUUAUAGAAUUUUCCGAUUUAAAAAAAGUAAACUAUAAUGUUUUAGAUUCUUUUAUACGAUUUUUGAUUUUGGUUACAUUUAAAUUUCGUAAAACAUUUGUUUUCUGAUUAUUACUUUAAUGUACAUAUACAUGUAAUAAUACGAAAUUUUGGACAAUAUUUCUAAGUAUAUGUUUUACAAGGAAAAUCACAAUUUUUUGUUCAG